CGGUAAGUGGUCCUGACAUUACCAGGCAGUAAGUAGAGAAUCAAAUGCUAAUAAUAAGGAAAGAUUGCACUCUAUUGUAACUAUAAGUGGAAGUGAACACAUGUUUUUAAUUAUACGUGUAUAGAAGAUAUUAAGUCUUUAAGUAGUUGUGCCGUUAGUGGAAUAUCUUGUUCGCGGAAUGUUACCAAACGGUGGUGCUUGUGUAAUAACGUCCUUAAGGUGACGUUUGGCACCUUACUUUUUCUGCUGCUUCAAAUGUCACAGAAGGACGACUCAGAAAGUGACAUUUGGGAUUAUAAACCUCUAGAGAAGAAAAAGAGAACUGAACCUUCAACUGCCCUUAAAAGGAGAUGCACAUCCAGGAAAUCUGCAAAGAAAGAAACUUCUCUCAGAUCAGAGGAGAGGGAUGCAAAAACUCCAGCAGCAGAAAGAGGGGAUCGUGCUUCUGCUGGUUAUGUUGACCAAAAAUGCAUCAUAGAUCUUCAUAUAUUACCCACAAAGUCAUCUUCUCCUGAAGAGUCAGUACAAAGUGACAAGAAUGCUGCAGAGAGAUCAACUUCCGAAGAAUAUUGUCCCAUCUGCCAGAUGCCCUUUAUCAUAUUGGUCGUACAGACCCAAAGAUGGCAUGUUGCUGAAUGUCUGGACACCCCCAGGGACCAAUGCAAAGAAUGUCCAGACGGUCUUCAGUGCUCCUCCACGAUUCCAAACCAUUACAAGAAGUUCAACCACAUGCUUCUCGCCCACAAUCGAUCAAACGGGAACACAGCCACUUUCAGUCUCUCCCAGCAAGCCAAGACCAGCAGGGAACCAAACUUUGGUUGUCUCCCAGCACUGCUAAAAAAUGAAGAGGACAGCUGUACUUUUGAAACUUCACAGAGUAGUAGUCUUUCUGCUUUAUCCACUCCUAGCAUCUCACCUCAGAGCAGCCAAAGUGGAACGCCUCGACCAAAGCCUCCAAAUGGCCUUCUGCUGCUGCGCUCUCCUGGACCAGAGGACUUUAAGAAAAAGAAAGGCUGGUUGUUGUCGUCGAAAGGGAAAAAAUCUGUCACUUCUUCCCAAGAGAGUAAAACUGAACUUUUAGCCACUCCUGAAAAAGAAUCUGGCAAAUGUCCCAAAGAAGAUUUAGAUCAACCUUCCCCUGCAAAUGUUGAAGAAAUAUCCUACUCUCCUCUGUCUGAACUUCCUGCAGAAUUGGAAGCCAGUAAUGAGUGUCAGAAAGCUCUUUUUGUUAAUGAAGCAUCUGAAAAUGAGAGGGAAAAAUCAGUUAUACUGUUUGAUGACAGCUUUUCAAGUGAAGACGAGCUUCUUUCCGCAUUCAUUGAUGAUAAUUUGGAACUCAGUAGUGCGCCAGACAAAAAUCCUGGCUCCCUAAGUGCUCAGCUGUGUUCAGUUCCCUCAUUAGCACCUUCUGGUGAAGUGGCUGCCUCCACAGUUGACGGAAACAGAGCUGAUUCUUCUGGUGGAAAAGAAACUCGGACAUCUGAAGGCGUAAUCGGAAAGACGAGCCUUCGGUCGCCGGGGUGUGUCGUCUUAGAGCGCCUCAGAGAAAACCUCCCUAGCUCCGGGGGUCAGAGCAGCAGCUUUGAGCCUCAGCAGCAGCCUCCCAAUACCCCUCCAGAGCCUUUGUCUCAAAACAUGCCGCCUCAGCGGGGCCCCAAAAAGGCCGGCGCGGCCUCUGGUUUAAAGCAGACCGACAUAGGGGUGUUUUUUGGCAUCAAGCCGCUGAUGGAGAAGAAGGCUGAAAGCGGGCCGACUGACUCGACCGGCUCGGUUCCAACAGCCAGUGAGAGCACGGGCCGGAGGGGAUUCAUGAGACAUCGGCAGAGGAUAGCAGAGGCUGGAUCAGCCCCGGAUACGUCACAGGUCACAGAAGCUGUCAACCACUCGGGUCCAGUGGACGGUCGGGGAGGCGGAGGACGAGGGGGGAACAGAGGAUGGAGAAGAAGGUGGAACAGAGGCGACCCUGAUGGAGAAGGGGUCCAGCCUCGUUGUCCUUUUUAUAAGAAAAUUCCAGGAACAAAGUUUGUUGUAGAUGCCUUCCACUAUGGAGAGAUAGAGGGCAUCACUGCCUACUUCCUGACACAUUUCCACUCCGACCAUUACGGAGGGUUGACCAAGAGAUCCACUGUUCCAAUUUACUGCAACAGAAUUACAGCGAACCUGGUGAAGAGCAAACUGAGAGUGGCUGAGCAGUAUGUCCAUGUCCUCCCCAUGAACACUGAGGUCACCGUGGAGGGAGUCACGGUCAUCCUCUUGGAGGCCAACCACUGUCCAGGAGCCGCCAUGCUUCUGUUCUUCUUGCCCGACGGACAGAUUGUCCUCCACACUGGAGACUUCAGAGCUGACCCCUCGAUGGAGACCUAUCCCCAACUGCUCAGCUGCAGAGUGCAGACCCUCUACCUGGACACCACCUACUGCAGUCCUGAAUACACCUUUCCCAGGCAGCCCGAGGUCAUCAGCUUUGCAACCAACACUGCGUUUGAGCGGGUGACGCUUAACCCACGCACGCUGGUGGUGUGUGGAUCGUACUCUGUGGGGAAAGAAAAGGUCUUUAUGGCACUAGCAGAAACCUUGGGGUCUAAAGUGUGUCUCUCCAGAGACAAGUACAAUACCAUGUGCUGCCUGGAGUCGAAGGAAGUCAGAGAGCGAAUAACCACCGACUGGAAGGCGGCCCAGGUCCACGUGCUGCCCAUGAUGCAGCUCUCCUUUAAAAAGCUGCAGGAUCACUUGGCACGCUUUUCAGGACAAUAUGAUCAGCUGGUGGCCUUCAAGCCCACAGGCUGGACCUUCAGCCAGCAGGACAUCAAGCCUGAGAUCAGUGGCAAUAUUUCAAUCUACGGAAUACCGUACAGUGAACACAGCAGCUUCCUGGAACUGAAGCGAUUUGUCCAGUGGCUCAGGCCCCUGAAGAUCAUCCCAACUGUCAACGUUGGCAGCUGGGCGAGCAGGAAGUCCAUGGAGAAGUGUUUCAGUGAGUGGCUGGCAGAAGCUAAAGCUAAGCUGUAACUUCUGUGCCGUUGGUCUCCAGCACUCUCCUGCAGCUGGGAGUUUCUGAUGGCAGAGCCAAAGACUUUACAGUACCUAGGAGCCAUUGGAACACUAAUAAUUUUUAUUGAUGCAGAUUCAGCUUUUGUGAUGAUGAUGGUUUAAGAAUGGUCAAGUAUUCACUUUUUAAAACCCGAGCCGACUUGAUUAAUUGUUUCAAAGAAACGUGUUGACAGUUAAACCUGAGCCCUCCGGUCUAUUAGUUGGCUGUGCAUACGAUGCCACCUUCACUUCAAUCAUUUCCUCUUUCAGCAUUCUGAAAAUUGAGCUCUUGAACUGUGCAAUUCUUUCCCUUUUUUUCUCAAUGUAAUAUAUUAUACUGACAAAAAAUAAACGUUU